ACGCAGGAUUCAGUACCAAAUAUUAGACAGUGUGAUCGAUAGUGAAGGCGAGAGAGAGAAGUGAGCUAGAGAGAUGGCGAGGUGGUUUAUCAUGCUUGUUCUUGCUCUUGUUGUAGUUCACACUACAGCUAGACCUACCCCCAGUGAUGCUGGACUCGACGACCAAAAGAACUUCGUCUCAUAUGGUGGGGUUGGCGGCUUUUCUGGCCUUGGUGGCAAUGGACUCCCCUUCGGCGGAGUUGGCGGAGCUGCUGGGAUCGGCGGUGGCCUUGGCGGAGGUGGUGGAUUAGGUGGAGCCGGCGGCUUGGGUGGCGUCGGGGGCUUGGGUGGUAUUGGCGGCUUGGGUGGUACUGGUGGGCUGGGUGGUCUUGGUGGCGGUAUUGGCGGGCUAGGUGGUCUUGGUGGUGGUGCUGGUGGGUUAGGUGGUCUUGGAGGCGGUGUUGGCGGUGGAGCCGGUGCUGGAGUUGGCGGCGGAACCGGUGCUGGAGUUGGCGGUGGAACCGGUCUUCCAUUUCCUUAAUUAAAGUUAUUAUAUAUGCAGGCAUUUGAGUUUAAUUAAUUAGCUUAAUUAUGAUGAUCUAGUGUUACGUUUGGCAGUUAAUUAAGUUGGUUAAGUGUGUGACAUGUUUUAAUUGUAUUUCUUUUUUCAUUUUUAUUUUCUCCCUCAGCUAGCUUUCUGUAUUUCGUUACGUUAAGUACUCUUCGCAACCAAGAAUAAUAAUUAGUGAUCAGAAAAAUGUCUCCAUGUGUCUUUA